AUGCCUUUAGCACAUAACUUGAAUAAGGUGACAAAAAAUUUGUCCAAGUCUACUGGACAGAUGCACGUAAAAGGGCGUAAAUUCAAGCAAUUGAACCGUGCUACUUUGAGAGAUCAGAAAAUUACUGCUAAAAAAUUGAAGCACCAAGAACAGAAAGACAGGGAACUUGCUAGUGUUCAAUUUAUGAAGGACAGUGUGAAUGAUCACGCGGACCAAGAGGUAUUUCUGUUAGAACAGAUGAAGGCAUUUAUUGAGGAGUACAUAGGAAGACACGAUGAAGAAUUGAAGGAAUUGAAAGAGCAAAGAAGACCAGGGAGACCUGCUACUAGCCGUCAGCUGCAAUUGGAGGUUGUUAUUGAAAACGAAAAGCAAGUAUACGCCACCGGUUUCAAGAUACCUGAUUUAAGUAAUAAAGAAACGGUUGAGAGAUUGAAGCUUUGGAAUGGAACAAGUGGUGGAACUACUGUGAUGAAGUUUAUUCAUGUUUCUAAAGAUAUGAAUGAGCUUCCAGUUAAGGAAGAGGUUAUGAAAGAUAACUGA